AUGAAAACGGUUAAUGGUGUGAAGAAGACGGAUGGCUUGAUAACAAUAAAAAUAAAAAUAUUUGAUUUGGAAGAAGAGGUGGAUGUGUACAUAGUAGAAAAUGAAGAUUUUGAAGACUUCAUAAUCGGAUUGGAUAUGAUAAAGAAAUUCAGAUUAACUCAAAAUGAGAACUUGCAGAUAGAACAAAAGAAAAUAACAAAUAAUAUAGACAGAAUGUCUAAAGAUAACAGAAAUGAAGAUAAGAAUAUAAAAACAUAUACAGUAAAUUUCAAUGAACACAUAGAAACAAAGGAAUUUAUAAGUAUGACAGACCAUUUAGAUAAUGAAAAAAAAAUUGAGAUAGAGAAAAUUAUAAAGGAAUAUAGAACAAUUUUUGCUAAGGACAAGUAUGAUAUAGGAUCAGUUAGGAAUUAUGAAGCUCACAUAGAUUUACUAGUAAAUAAAUAUUGUAGUAAAAGACCAUACAGAUGUACAAUACAAGAUAAAUUAGAAAUUGAAGAGCAAAUAUCCAUGUUAUUAAAGAAUAAUUUAAUAGAAGAAUCUUACAGUCCUUUCGCUGCUCCAGUGACAUUGGCAUUUAAAAAAGGUGAAAAUAGAAAAUCCCGUUUAUGUGUAGAUUUCAGAGAAUUGAACAAAAUUGUUGUACCACAAGCUCAACCUUUUCCUUUGAUAGAUGAUCUAAUUAUUAAAACUAGAAAUUGCAAGUAUUUUACUACACUGGAUAUAAACUCAGCAUUUUGGGCAAUACCAUUACGGGUGGAAGACAGAAGUAAAACAGGAUUUGUCACACAAGAUGGCCACUUCCAGUGGACCUGCCUCCCUUUUGGCUUGAAAACAUCACCAGCAAUUUUCCAGAGAAUUCUAAGCAAUAUUCUAAGAAAGCACAAUCUCACAGGAUACUCUGUAAACUAUAUUGACGAUAUUUUGAUAUACUCGUCUACCUUUGAAGAACAUAUAAGGCACAUAAGAAAUGUAUUAGAGGCAAUAAUUAAAGAAGGCUUUAGAUUGAAGUUUAAGAAAUGUACCUUUGCUUCAGACUCGGUAAAAUACCUCGGCCAUAUAAUUCAGAACAAUUCAGUAAGACCACUAAAAGACAAUUUGAUUUCAAUAAGGGAUUUUCCAACUCCUAAGACGCAAAAGAACAUCAGACAAUUUUUGGGAAAAAUAAACUUCUACCAUGAAUACAUACCAAGAAGUGCAAUUAUCCUAGAUCCAUUACAUAAUUUAUUAAGAAAAAACGAGAAGUUUGUAUGGUCAGAGAAGUGUGAAGAAUCAUUUAAUCAGAUAAAAAGAUAUUUAUGUUCUCAACCGGUCUUGGAAAUAUUCGACAAAGACUUACCAAUCAAAAUCUAUACCGAUGCAUCUUUGGAGGGCAUUGGAGCAAUAUUAAAACAAACACAACUAGAUGGUAAAGACAAACCGGUGGCAUAUUUCUCAAAAAAACUGAACGAACAUCAAAAACGGAAAAAAGCUAUAUAUUUAGAAUGUCUUGCUAUGAAAGAAGCCAUUAAAUAUUGGCAGCACUGGCUCAUUGGAAAACAAUUCACUAUUUACUCAGACCACAAACCUCUAGAGAACAUGAACAUUAAAUGCAGGACAGAUGAAGAAUUGGGUGAUCUCACAUAUUACCUAUCUCAGUAUGACUUUACAGUAAAAUAUAUACCUGGUAAAGAAAAUGUAGAAGCAGACUGUUUAAGCCGAAAUCCUGUACUAGAAUCAGAAGAUAACAGAGAGGAACUUUUGAGAAUAGUUAAUGUAAUACAAAUAAAAGAUAUAGUUGAAGACCAGGAGAAAAAUGAAACAAUAAAAGAAAAGAAACAAAAUUUAAUAUACAAAAAUAAAAUCUAUUAUAAAAAAAUAAAGAAACAGGAAAAGAUUAUCCUCUCAGAAGAAUUUAGUAAAAAACUUAUAAAAAAGGUACAUGAAAAUUUUUGCCAUAUUGGGAUCAGACAAUUGCAGAAGAAAAUAAGUCCUAUAUAUACAGCUAUAAACCUAACAAAAAAUAUUAUAAAUACUUGUAAAACAUGUGAAAUAUGCAUAAAAAAUAAAUCAAGAUGUCAAAAAAAAAUUGGAUUAAUGUCACAACUGGGGCCAGCUACAAAACCAUUUGAGAUAAUGUCAAUGGAUACUAUUGGUGGUUUUGGAGGAUCUAGAUCUACAAAGAAAUACCUACAUCUUUUAGUAGACCACUACACAAGAUAUGCAUUUAUUGCGACUUCAAAAACUCAGAAUGCAAGUGACUUUAUAAAUCUAACAAAGAAAGUACUAGAGACAGAUGAGAUUGGAAUUAUCCUGACAGAUCAAUAUCCGGGCAUUAAUUCAAGAGAAUUUAAACAAUAUUUGCAGGAGAAUAAUAUUAAACUAAUUUUUACAGCUGUGAAUACACCAUUCUCGAACGGCUUGAAUGAAAGACUAAAUCAAACAAUAGUAAAUAAAAUAAGGUGUAAAAUAAAUGAGAAAAAUAAUAAGAGAACAUGGGCAACACUAGCAAGAGAAUGUAUACAGAAAUAUAAUGAAACAGAACACUCCGUUACAGGUUUUGCACCAAAAUAUUUACUGGAUGGUACAAAUGUCAGUAUUCUACCAAAUGAAUUUAAAACAAUAGAAAAGGAAGACAAGUGGAUCGCUGAUAGAAGAUUGGCAUUAGAGAAUACAAUAAAAUCCCAUGAGUACAACAAGAAAAUAUUUGAUAGAAAUAGAAAAAUGCAAGAGUUUAAUGUAGGAGACAGUGUAUAUGUAGAAAAUGGAAAUAGACUGAAUAGAAAGAAAUUAGACGAAUUAAAAAUAGGUCCUUUCAAGAUAAUAGAGAAAAUAUCGAAUUCCAUUUAUAGGCUUGAUACAGGCAACAGAAAAACAGAAUCAACAUUAUUUCAUAUAACAAAAUUACAACCUGUCGUAAAAGAAGAAGAUGAAGGAGAAGAAAACGAAUAUGAAGAUAACUUAUAG